AUGAUACACGCCGUCCUGGUCUUCAAUAAUAGCGGUAAGACGAGGCUGGCAAGGUUCUACACUGCCAUGCCUCUCCCGAGACGCCAAGGCCUCAUUGACAGGGUUUAUGGUGUACUCAGAGGGAGAGCAGAUGACCACUGCUGUUGUGUGGUCCCGGAGGAUCUACAUGAACUGUGUGAUGGGAGGAAGUCAGCGCCCAACAAUCUCAGGAUCGUCUAUAGGUCCUCCUGGCACUUCGCAACCCUCUACUUUGCCUUCAUCGUUGACCACACCGAAAGCGAUCUGGCCACCCUUGAUCUUAUACAAGUCUUCGUCCAGGCCUUGGACAACGCCUUCGACAGUGUUUGUGAGCUCGACUUGGUCUAUCACUUCGAUAAGGCCAACUACGUCCUGGAUGAGGUGGUCAUGGGUGGUCUGGUCCUCGAGUCCAACAUCGAUACCAUAAAGAUGGCCCUUCGUGAGGCAGCCUAG